GGAGCCGGACAGAUAAGUGAGCAAAGAGCGGGAGUAGGGGGGAGGGUAUCCGUGCGGAGUUUCCCGUGGCGUUCCCAAGUUACUGCGUGUUGUGUUGAGACGUGCUUCUGCCUGGCAGGACAGGAGUGAGGACUGAGUUCUCCCGAGCUCGGCCGAGAAAGCAGUGUUGACAAGACACCAGGUGCAACGAGAGGGAAGUAGUCAGGGUGAGAGAGAAUCCCAAUCCCAGCCCACUCCAGAUGCAGAGGUAAACACUCGCCGUCUCCACCGCUGUCCUCUAAGAGGUACCCAGCGGAUCUUUCCGUGGACCUUGGACUGAUGCUGGCACAACUCGGAGCAGAUUGUGCCACCGCUUUCUGCAGAGGUCUGAGGCUGGAAGGAGGUGUGUGCCUUGUGUAAGCAGGAGCAGGAUUCCUUUGAACCAUCUGCCCUGGACCUCUUUGGCCUUAUGUGAAUGUGGAACUCAAGUAUGGUUGCUCUUUUUUACCCCCCUAGUAAUUAGUAUUCCGUUGGUCAGGUGCAUCUUUAGGGUUUGCCUCCACUUCGCCUCUUUGUACCUUUGGUGUGAGCUGGGAAAAGGGCACCCUGCUUCUCUGGAAUUCAUCCUGGACUUGGACAUCUUCGUGGGUUCACUUGGCGCAAGGCUAGUUGCUGGUAUUCAGCCUUCCAGCCUUCCAACGUGGAUUAAUACAAAAGGACCUUAGCUUUGAAUGGCUUCCCGGUUUAGAUCAUUAACCCUUCGGAUUUCUUAGAUGUCAUAGUUCAGGAACCUAUUACGCCAUUCCUUGGCAACGGCUACUCAGCACUGGUGACCUCUUCCAGUCCAACACUCUACAAAUUAUUAUCUCUGGACUCCCAGCUGACACACUGCCGGAGGCAAGAGCUACGAAGCCAACUAGAACUGUGCCUUUUCUCUUGUCAAGGUUUUUUUCUUAUACAGGAAAAAGGAAGAAAAAAAAAGAUGAAGCUGGGCAAAGUGGAGUUGUGCCAUUUUCUACAGCUUAUAGCUCUCUUCCUUUGCUUCUCUGGGAUGAGUCAAGCUGAGCUGCCAAGGUCCAGAUCCAAGCCAUACUUCCAGUCAGGAAGGUCCCGGACCAAGCGCAGCUGGGUUUGGAAUCAGUUCUUCGUGCUGGAAGAAUACAUGGGUUCAGAUCCCCUCUAUGUAGGGAAGCUCCACUCUGAUGUUGAUAAAGGAGAUGGUUCCAUCAAGUACAUCUUGUCAGGCGAAGGGGCAAGUUCAAUUUUCAUUAUUGAUGAGAACACUGGUGAUAUCCAUGCUACCAAGAGACUGGACCGGGAGGAGCAGGCCUAUUAUACACUGAGGGCCCAAGCUCUGGACAGACUCACCAACAAGCCUGUGGAGCCCGAAUCAGAGUUUGUUAUCAAAAUUCAGGAUAUCAAUGACAAUGAACCCAAAUUUCUAGAUGGUCCAUACACAGCAGGAGUUCCUGAGAUGUCUCCUGUAGGAACUUCAGUGGUACAAGUGACAGCAACAGAUGCCGAUGAUCCUACCUAUGGCAACAGUGCUCGAGUGGUCUAUAGUAUUCUGCAAGGACAGCCAUAUUUCUCAGUGGAACCCAAAACAGGGGUCAUCAAGACUGCCCUUCCAAACAUGGAUAGAGAGGCUAAAGACCAGUAUUUGCUUGUCAUUCAGGCAAAGGAUAUGGUUGGUCAAAAUGGCGGACUGUCUGGAACCACCUCAGUUACCGUGACCCUAACUGAUGUCAAUGAUAACCCACCUCGCUUUCCAAGAAGAUCUUAUCAGUAUAAUGUUCCAGAAUCUUUGCCUGUGGCAUCAGUUGUGGCCAGAAUUAAAGCUGCAGAUGCAGAUAUAGGAGUCAAUGCAGAAAUGGAAUACAAAAUAGUGGAUGGUGAUGGACUGGGUAUUUUCAAGAUAUCUGCUGACAAAGACACACAAGAAGGAAUCAUUACAAUACAAAAGGAACUGGAUUUUGAAGCCAAAACAAGUUAUACACUGCGCAUAGAAGCUGCAAAUCGAGAUGCUGAUCCCCGGUUUCUGAGCUUGGGUCCAUUCAGUGACACAACAACAGUUAAGAUAAUUGUGGAAGAUGUGGAUGAGCCCCCUGUUUUUUCCUCACCCUUGUAUCCCAUGGAGGUGUCAGAAGCGACACAGGUGGGGUAUAUCAUUGGCACUGUAGCAGCUCAUGACCCAGAUUCUUCCAACAGCCCUGUGAGAUAUUCAAUUGACAGAAACACAGACUUGGAGAGGUAUUUCAAUAUUGAUGCCAACAGUGGAGUUAUUACUACUGCUAAAUCAUUGGAUCGAGAGACAAAUGCUGUUCAUAACAUUACAGUCCUCGCAAUGGAAAGCCAGAAUCCAUCCCAGGUGGGGAGAGGCUAUGUGGCCAUCACUAUACUGGAUAUUAAUGACAACGCACCUGAGUUCGCCAUGGACUAUGAAACCACUGUCUGUGAAAAUGCUCAGCCAGGGCAGGUUAUCCAGAAAAUCAGCGCAGUAGAUAAAGAUGAGCCAUCCAAUGGACACCAGUUUUACUUCAGCUUAACAACAGAUAUGACAAAUAACCACAACUUUUCAUUGAAAGAUAACAAAGACAAUACAGCCUCAAUACUCACAAGAAGAAAUGGCUUCCGCAGACAGGAACAAUCAGUUUAUUAUCUGCCUAUUUUCAUUGUGGACAGUGGAUCUCCUUCACUAAGCAGUACCAACACACUUACCAUCCGUGUAUGUGACUGUGACGCUGAUGGCAUAGCUCAGACCUGCAAUGCAGAGGCCUAUGUUCUACCUGCUGGCCUCAGCACUGGGGCCUUAAUAGCAAUACUGGCCUGUGUCCUGACACUAUUGGUGCUGAUCCUUCUCAUCGUCACUAUGAGAAGACGAAAAAAAGAGCCUCUCAUUUUUGAUGAGGAGAGGGAUAUCAGAGAAAACAUAGUCAGAUAUGACGAUGAAGGCGGGGGAGAAGAAGACACAGAAGCCUUUGACAUGGCUGCACUGAGAAACCUCAAUGUCAUAAGAGACAACAAAACUCGGAGAGAUGUGACUCCUGAAAUUCAGUUCUUGAGUCGACCGACUUUUAAAAACAUCCCAGAUAAUGUCAUUUUUAGGGAAUUUAUUUGGGAACGACUGAAAGAAGCUGAUGUGGAUCCAGGGGCUCCACCGUAUGACUCUCUUCAGACUUAUGCAUUUGAAGGAAAUGGCUCAGUAGCUGAAUCACUCAGUUCUUUAGAUUCCAUCAGCUCAAACUCUGAUCAGAAUUAUGACUACCUUAGUGAUUGGGGUCCCCGUUUUAAACGACUGGCUGAAAUGUAUGGAAAUGGCCAAGAGAGUUUGUACUCUUAGUCUUGGACCCUUACUUUGGAAUGCACUGAAUAAAAAGGCAGCAGGAAAAAAUUCAAAAGGAAAGAAAAGUGGAAAAUACUACAUGCAGUAACAGGAAUUCCACUUGUGGGACAAAAGGAGGUUGUAAAUAUGUCUCCAUUUUUAACUGUUAAGGCUUCUGCCCUUGUGAAACAUUCACUAGAUUAUCCAAGGGAUUUCACUGACCACAGACCAUUUGUAGUUGUGUUUUUUGUUUGUUUGUUUAUUUUGUUUUGGAUUUUCUGUUUGUGGUUUCAUACAAAAGAAAUACUUAGUGGUUUGUGAAUAGAUAGCAACUUUCAUAUACCUGCAAAGGCACCUAACCUGCCUGAUAAAGUAAUGUCCUGUGUUGUCAGGGAGCCAAAGGCACCUGGCUCUCAUGUUCAUGGUACCCUCUGUAAGAAGAAUAGUGCCUGGUACACCAUUCAAAAAAUCUGAGACCUUCUUGCCUAUCAAAACUUGGAAGAAUUUUAUCUCUACUAAAGCUUUUAAGAUUGCUAUAAAAGGUAUAGUUCAACAGAAUUUUAUCACUGUUGGUGCACAUAAAUAUUUUAUUUUAUUUAUCAAUAUAUACAUUCUUGUAAUAACUUCCCUAAGUGAUAAAUGGAAUAAAAAAACAAUAAUUUAACACAACAUAAGUCAUUGUUUUGCCAAUAAAUUAUAUGCAGUGUUCCAAGUAAGAAAAAAAUGGUAAAUAAUUCUCCAAGUUUGAAGUAGUUUUGAAACUCUCAUGUAUAUAAGAUUUAAACAAGUAGUUGCUGUCUAUUUGUUAACUUUUAUUACCUCUUCUGAUUUGUACAGGAGAAUAUAUUUUUUUUAAAACAUAGUGUUGUGUUUAUUUUGGAACUCUAGCCUCCAUUCAGUUCAGGUUGAUCUUACUGGCUCAUGGUAUUAAGCUCAUAUGCACAUGAUGACUUUUCUCAGCAUAAACUGCAGGAAGGACAUGAAGCAUGGAAAAUGAAGUGACACAGCACAGCAGUAGAACGUCAUUGCUACACACAUCUCAAAGGAAAGCAUGGCUGUAAGGUCAUAUAUAUUGUCCUUCUGAGCCACAAGUGUAUACAAAACUGUGGGAACAAAGCAUUUGAAUUUCAGUAAGACUUGGGAAUAUUGACGUUUUUCUUUAACUUAGAAAUAAAUUUCCAAAAUCAAGUGUUCUAUAUGUUCCAAAGACUUUCAAGGACCUUUCAGCCUUUUCUGCUGUAAACACAUUGAGUAAAAGACUGAAAUUUAAGUAUACUUUACAAAGUAUGAUGUUAUACAUUUCAACCUGUUGUGUCAUGCCAGAAUUGAAUGAUGUGUAAGUUCUCUAGUUGUUAAGAUGUGCCAAAGUGAAGAGAUUAAUUUCAAGUAAUCAUACAUGUUUAAUGUUGAGAUGAAUGUCUCAGAAUCCAAUGACUUUUUAAAACAAAAUGAUAUUUCUACUUAUUUUUCCUAGAUGAAUACUAAUUUA